AUGAGCUUCACUGAAGCGGCUGCCUUGCCUGUCGUCUUCAGUACAGUUUACUACGCUCUCACCCAUAUUGCGAAUAUUCAAUUAGGCGAGACGAAACUCAUUCAUUCAGCGACAGGGGGUACAGGACAAGCCGCUAUUCAGAUUGCAAAACUUCGCAACGCGGAGAUCUUUGUGACCGUCGGUUCAGAGGAAAAAAAGAAACUGCUAAUGGAGUUAUACCAGAUCCCGCCGGAGCGGAUCUUCGACAGCCGAAAUGCGUCCUUUGCUAAAGCUAUCCGCCGUGUCACUGGUGGCAGAGGAGUCGACGUUGUCCUAAAUUCAUUAAGUGGUGACCUUCUGGUGAGUAGUUGGGAGUGCAUCGCUCCAUUUGGUCGAUUCCUUGAAUUAGGCAAAAAGGAUAUCCUUUCAAACCACGAUCUCCCAAUGCGGCAAUUCGAGCGAAAUGCGUCUUUCCAUGCAAUUGACCUCAAUGAAGCGCGGAAAUACCGGCCAGAACUAUUACAGCGGUUACAGAGAGAAAUUGGGAGUCUCAUGGCAAGCCAUACCGUUACCCCGCCUCGACCGAUACAUGUUUAUCCCAUUAGCGAGGUCGAGCAGGCAUUUCGGUAUCUGCAGCACGGAAAGAACACGAGGAAGACGGUUAUCGAGAUACGAGGGGAUGACCCUGUCAAACGCUCGUGGUGUUUCGAUACGAACGCUACAUACAUUAUCGCCGGCGGUCUCGGUGGCAUUGGCCGCGCUACAGCGCGGGGGCUAGUGAGCAGGGGUGCGAAGAACCUCGUCUUGCUGUCUCGUUCUAGGUCCAAUGCAGAGACCCAGCAAGUUAUUGAUUCUUUGAUAAGAGAUGGGACUCGCGUUGAAGUCCAUCCGUGCGACAUUAGUGACUAUGAACCUCUAAAACAUGUGCUCGAGGACAACAAAGUCUUCGCGAACAUGCCCUAUACUGACUGGAAAGAAACGGUGUCAUGCAAGGUCGCAGGGACCUGGAACCUACAUCUUCUUCUUCCCAGUGGUAUGGACUUCUUCAUUAUGUACUCGUCCAUCGUUGGCGGGAUUGGAGGCACGGCGGCGGUCAACUACGCCGCUGCGUGCGCAUACCAAGACGCCUUGGUGCACUACCGGAACGGUCUCGUCGAGCGCGCAAUAACACUCAACUUGGGUGUUAUGCUAGGCUACGGGGUACUGCGCGAUAACGACAUGGUACGCAAUGAGCUCACGGCGUCUGGGUACCCUAUUGGCAUCUCUCAAAGGGAGAUUUUCGCUUUGCUGGAGUAUCACUGCGACCCGUCUCUUGAAAUCCCCCGCACACCGCUCAGAUCACAGGUGCUGGUUGGUCUCAAUACACCACUGGGCUUAGCUGCAGAGGGCCGCGAGGUCCCUGUCCUCCUCAAUCGGCCGCUAUUCCGUGGAACUUGGAAUAUCGUCGACUCCGUCGAGUCGCCCGCCGCCAAUGCAGCCGAGGAUGCAGGAGGCAAUGAGGACAUCCUCCGUCGACUGGUGGCUGUCACCUCCAUGCAAGAGACCGCCGAUGUCAUCGCCGAGUCACUUAUGCAGCGACUCAGUAAGGCAGUCGGCGUUCCGCUCAAGAACCUAGAUGCGACCAAACCGAUGAAUCAGUAUGGGGUGGACUCGCUGGUCGCUGUGGAGUUGAGGAACUGGUUCAAGUGGAAGUUGGAUGCAGAUGUCGCCGUCUUUGAGAUGCUGGGCAAGAUGACCUUUGAGGAGAUGGGCCGUAUCGCGGCGGUCAAGAGUCUGGUGGUUAAGAGGAUACUGUCGUCUUCGGCUUGGUCGUAA